AUGGGUGCAUGCCUAUUGCAAGAAGGAAAACCAAUUGGUUAUGCCACAAAAGCAUUUACAGAAUCGCAGCAAAAACAACCACAAAUAAGCAAGGAAGCAUGGGCGAUCCGUUUUGGAUGUAAAAAAUUUCAUUCCUUUGUAUAUGGAAAGGAACUUAUGAUCGAAACAGAUCAUAAACCGUUAGAAACAAUUUUCAAUAACCCGAUCCAAAGGGCUCCAAUACGCCUUCAAGGUGUAUUAUAUGACAUACUACAAUAUUCACCAAAAAUAAAAUACGUUAAAGGUACGAUGAUACCAAUAGCAGAUGUUCUAAGUCGAGACUGUGAAGCAGACGAAGACGAAGUUAAUCAUGAUGAAGAAAUUUAUCUUAUUCAUGCAAUAGGUAAUACGUUACGCGUUAGAAUCGUAAAAGCAACGGCUGCAGAUAGCGAGUUACAAGCACUUAAGAAAGCAAUCAUGAAAAAAAGGCAUGAGAAUGUGAAAAAUACGCAGAAAAUUAUCAAUAAAUACUCAUCAUUUAAGCAGGAAAUUACAUUUGAAGAUGGAUUGCUAAUGAAGGGUAACAAAAUCAUACUACCUAAUAAUAUGAAAAAUUCUAUGAUCACAGAAGCUCAUACCGGGCAUGUUGGGAUUUCAACAACGCUAAAGCGUCUGCGUCAAACUUUUUUCUGGAAUGGUUUAACAGUCGACACAAAAAAUUAUGUUGAAAAAUGUGCAAUAGGCCAGCAGACCCAACAUGCGAAUCAAAAGGAGACGUUAAUAUUAAGAGGUAUCCCAGAAUAUCCUUUUCAACUCGUUUCGACAGACAUAUUUAAAUUUAAAGGCGACGAUUGUUUGCUGAUCGCCGAUCAUUAUUCGGGUUUCACUGAUUUCAGAAAACUGAAAUCAGCAACGUCAGCUGAAGUUAUCUUACUGCUACGUCAGUGGUUUUCAGUUCAUGGUAUACCAGAGAUUCUUGAAUCAGAUGGAGGACCACAGUUUACAAGUCAUUCCUUUAAAGAAUUUAAAAUAAAGUGGAGAUUCCAACACAGAGUUUCUUCACCCCACUAUCCACAAUCAAAUGGUUUUGCAGAGCGAAAUGUACAGACGGUAAAAGGCAUACUAAAAAGAUGUUGGUCUGAUGGAAGUGAUCCAUAUUUGGCAAUGCUGUUGCGGCGCAAUACUCCUCGAAAUAACAUAUUAAAAUCGCCAAGCUAA